AUGGAAUCUAGCAGCUGGUUGAGAAGAGAUCACAGAGCAAGAGAAUAUGAUAAGCCUCUUUUCGACACUGAUGCGCAAGCGAAAACGUUUCUUGGGUCACUUGAUGCAAUUUUCAUGAUUGCCUACGCUGUAGGAUUAUUUUUCUGGGGAUGGUUGGGUGAUCGAUCAAAUCCCAAAUACGUAAUAGUUUUAGGUAUGGUGGGAACGGCCGUUAUGAUGGUGUUGUUUGGAGCAAUUCCAAAGUGGACCAAUCUCUAUAACAUCCCCUACUUUGUGCUUACAUAUUCUUUAUUUGGGUUCUUGCAAGCUUGCGGAUGGCCAAGUGAGAUUUCUAUCAUGGCCAACUGGUUUGGCAAGGGCAAUCGCGGUUUCAUCAUGGGUGUGUGGGCAUCUUGCCAACCUCUCGGUAAUGUCUUUGGAUCGUAUUUCGUUGCACUCAUUUUACCUUUGGGAUAUCAGUACACAUUCAUUUUUGGUGCUAUUCUUAUGCUUUUUGGUGCUAUAAUUGUUAUGUUGUCAAUCAGAGUAAAACCAAAAGAAUCUCAGUUGGAUACCGAAGAAAGUAUGGCGGAAAGGCUGCCAAGCACAGAAGGAGAAGCUAUUGGUAUUGUAAAAGCAAUUCUUUUGCCUGGUGUACUCGCUUAUUGCCUCUGCAAUGUAUGCCUCAAGCUAGUCAAUUAUGCCUUCUUCUUUUGGCUACCCUUGUAUCUCACCGAAGCGUACCACUGGACUGAAUCAAAGGCAGACGAACUCAGCAUAUGGUAUGAUAUUGGCGGUAUCAUAGGUAGCAUUGCAGGAGGAUAUAUCACUGAUCGUAUGGGAUGUCGCGCACCCCUGAUUGUUGUGAUGCUUGGAUCAUCAAUAGGAGCUUUGUUUGUGUAUGCACAUGCAGGACCAGCGCUUCUUUGGAACGUUUUGAUCAUGACUGUAGUCGGCAUCACAAUCUCCGGUCCAUAUAAUCUCAUUGUUGGCACUAUAUCAAUAGACCUAGGAUCUCAACCGGCGCUUGCUCAUAGCGCACAGGCUAUGGCUACUGUGACUGGUUUGUUGGAUGGUACAGGAUCAAUUGGAAGCGCCAUCGGUCAACUAUUCGUUCCAGUAUUACAGAAUGCCUUUGGAUGGCAGUCUGUAUUCUACCUCUUCAUGAUUUUGAACUUCAUCGCGAUCAUCUGCAUCACAAGACGUUGCCUAUCCGAUCUAAGGUCUUUACUUUAUAAAUCUUCUGAACUUACUCCUCUUCUUGACGAGGAGGACCCUGAUGAAUAA